UGUAUAAUAUGAAGUUUUUUACUCAAUUGAAAACACACUCUUUUGAAUAGAAAAUUAGGUCAAUAAUUAAUACAAACUCCACCCACAUAAUCACUUUCUCCAGAUGGGAAUUUUAAUUUUUUUGUGUUUGAAGUCUUGUCUACGAAGGACAAAAUGGCGUUAACAUUAAUAAAGUGAGGGUGUGUGUUGUGUUUUGUUUAAUUGUUAAUAAUUUAUGUUUACAGUAACUUACAUUUUAUCAUUUUGUUGGUAGUUUUUACACUGAAUUAAUUACAACAAAGAUGGAAAUUGAAACCAUCCCACCGAUCAAGCCUGCUUUCAGAGAUCAAGACUACAGCCUGCGAGAAACUCUGCGACAGCUGCUGGUAGAGGGCCGCGAAGGGCAGCUGUGUGAUUGGCUGAAGGAGGUCGGCUUCAUUCCGCAAACUGUGCGCUGUGAGAACGCCGAAUGCAACGGCGCCGCCAUGUUGUGGAAGAAGGCGCGUAUCAUUGACAAGUAUCACUGGGUGUGUCCUCUCUGCAAGAAGAAGGCCACCAUCAGACAUGGCACCUUCCUGGAAUCGGUUCAGUGCACUGUGCGAUCGGCCGUUGGAGCCAUCAUGGGCUGGUGUGACGGGAUGCCUCCUGAGGAGUUCACACAGGACGACGGUAAGGUGAAGGCGUCAGUGGUGAAGAAGAUCUACUCGAUGUGCAGCCUGGUGACCGACUGGUACAUGCAGCGGCACCCGGAGAUAUCGCUGCUCGGCGGAGAGGGGGACGACUACCCGCUCAUAGUGGACAUGUUCCCGCACGGCUGCAUGACCACCACGCCGCACAACAACAACUACAGCAAGCAGGUGCUGUGUGUCGCCGACACGCGCUUUCUGCCCGCGCGCAUAUGGGUGCAGCUGCUCGAUGUCGCCGAGGCCAAGGACUAUUCUAAAGUGAUUCCACUGCUGCUGAACCACAUCAGGCCUCGCUCCACCCUGGUGGUCAGUCCACUUCUGUUUCCCGAACUGAGUGCCGUCACUGACAUGAAGGAGGUGAUCAGCAUAGAGGCACUCACCACUCUCAACGAGGAGGACUACCAGCGAUCGCUCAAGAAUCUUGAAACCAUCUGGGAGUCGACAGUGAGCGUUUGCCAGGAGAUCCAAGACAUGAGCAACGCCGAGGGCAGUCAGCUGUUACGCGAACUGCAAUGGCGGACCAUCUUCAAUCCGCGCAUCAAGACGAUUUUCGCGCACAUCGUUGAGUAUCAGGCGCAUGCGCGCAAUUAACCACCUUCUAUAAUUAACAUUAUUUGUUAAUCACAUUAAAUAAUUAACCUUUAUCGAAGACUACUGCAGUAUUUCACUUUUGUAAAUUGAUUGAUUUUUCAAUGUUAUUUGGAGACAACUGCGUUAUUAACCCUUGUCGAAGAUUGUCCUGUUUUUUGGUGACAACUGCUGUUUUUCUCUCGUUUAAUUAAACCAUGAAUCUGUCCUAUUAUUUGGAGACUGCUGCGGUGAAAUAAUUGGACAAAGUUAUCAAUUAAUUACAAGAGUGAAAUACAUGUAAUUAAUUGAUAAUAAUUUUGUCUUAUUAUUUAGAGACUACUGUUGUGAAACGAUUAAAGUUCUCAGUUAAUCAUAUGAGUGAAAUACACAUGCAAUUAAUUGAUAAUUAAUCUACUGCAGUAUUUCACGGACUAUCAGCUACCUGAUUAUGUAGAGUUGUGGCUGCUCUUAACUUGACACUAGGUUAGUCCCUUUAGAUUGAUGUUGAGAAAGAUGAAAAAUUGGUUUUGGUUAACUUAUAGAUUUGAAAAUAUUUUAAACUAUUCAUAUUUAUUUGUAUUUUAGAAAAUAUUUAUUCAUUCAAAAUUUGCAUGCAUUAGAAAAUAGUUUUGGUUAACUUGAGAAUUUCAUUUUUCCAAAUAUCGGGUUAACUUGGAUGUAUUUUUGAAAAUCAGGUUUAUUUGACUUGAGGUUUUCAAAUUCGGUUUAGGUGUACUGUACUGGAAAUUAUUCAAAAAUCUAAGAAUCAUGAUCAUGAUGUCAUUACCAGCACAUAAAUAAACAAACGAAUAAUGAAUAAAACCUAAAUAUUAAAAUAAAUUAAUUAACUCUUUCAAAUUUUAAUAUGUUGACCUAAACCUAACCUUUAGCCUUCAAAAAUAUUAUUGAAUAAAUAAUAAUAAUCAAAUAUUAAUGGAGGCAACAGGUGGAAACCCAUUUUGCCUCCUUCACAUAUAUACAAUACAAAUAUACUUUCAACAUAAAAUAUUAUACAAUUUUAAUUAAAAAAUGAAAGAAAUAUACAAUUAAUUAUAAAAGAAUACAAAUAAUAACUGAAGUAAUCAUGAACGAUAAGCAAUAAUAAUUGCGUAAAAGAAUAAUAAUUGAACAAAAUAAUAAUACAAAAAUAUUGAUAAAAUAAGAAUCAAUAAUAAUAGAUAAAUAUAAAAGAAAAAUGAGAGAGAAUGUCUGUAAAACCAAAAUUGAGAGGAAAUGGUUAAUUGAUUUAUAAUAAAAAAUAGGAUAAAAUUGGAGCAUAAAUCACAAAAAGACAGAUCACAUGCUACCUAACCAAAUUAUAUGAGAUCUCAAGGAAUGGAGAGGGAAAAACCAGAAGACAUCAAAGUGCUUCGAAUAAUGAUUAAAAAUUCUCUGAACUCUAUUUAGAGGAGAGCAAUGACUUACAGUUCUGGAGCGCGUUAUAUGAAAUGAAAAACCAGAACGGCAAGCAAUGGUAUUAACAUAUAUAUUAAUCUUUGGAAGCAAAUAGGAUGAAUCAAUUCUAUCAUUUAGUAAUAAAUUAUAAAGGAAAAUAAUUGAUUUGACAUC